AUGGACUUCGCAAAGUUAAUGUCGGCCCACAUCAAAAAGGGCAAGGAGUCCGCACCGCCCUCAGAACCCGACAAAAAGUACCUCAAGCGCAGCGAAGUCGAAGCCCAACGACAGGCCGCAUAUCGAGCCGAGCAGGAAGCCGCUGAGAAAGCGCGCCAGGAGCGACUAUCGCAGAAGCGGAAAGCUGAAGAAGAAGAGGCAGCGAGAGAGGAACAGCGGAGGGAAAAGCGUCGCCGGUUAGCGGAGGAGUCGAGACGCAGGCGAGAGGAGGAAGAAGAGGAAGAGGAGAGGCGGCGGAGGAAGAGACUGGGACUGCCGGAUCUGCCACCAAAGAAGGAGGGCGAGGAUGAGGGCACACCAGUUCCGGAGGAGGAGGAUAUCCCCGACGAGGAGUUGGUUGCGAAGCUGCGGGCGCUCCACGAGCCAGCGAUACUCUUCGGCGAGACGCACAAGCAGCGACUGAAGCGGUACAAGAAGCGUGUCGGCUCAGACAGCCUCAAAGCGACAAUGACAGACGGACCGAUACCAACAACACUACAGCUGGUGCCGGAGAAGGACAUGAAGGUGGAAUUGAAGAUCCCCAAGGAUAAAGAAGGCCGCGAAUUCCUGUUCAGGCAACUGGCAAGUUAUUUCACCAUGGUGCUCCAGGAAUGGGAGGACACCCUCGCCCGACGCUCCACCGACGUCCAGAACAGCUACCAGGGCAAGCAGGCCUACGGCGCCAUGGUGCAAGCGCGCGAGAACUUGCGCCCGCUCUUUAAGAAGAUGGAGAAGUACGAGCUCGACGACGGCAUACUUGAGCCUGUCGUCGAAAUCGUGCACGCGGCACAGGAGCGGCGGUACGUCGAUGCCAACGACGGAUACCUCAGGCUGAGCAUUGGAAAGGCGGCGUGGCCUAUUGGCGUCACCAUGGAAUCGUACUUCACCUAUGCUCCGGAGCCCGAGUCGCCUGUCAAUCAUGACAUCCUCUUCCGGCCCGGCAUUGCCCUAGAUGGCUCGGAUACAUUCACCCCGCGGACGCUGAUCUACGACCUCAAAGGCGCGUUUGGGAGCAUGAAAAAGGUCGGCCCGCUGUAUGAGCCUGAGGAUGAUGCAAACGUUGAGAGAUCUGGUGUCUGGCCAUCAAAACCUAUCAUUCAGCGCUCACAGCCAAUACCGCCAUCAUCGUACCAGACACAUCUUGAUGCGGGCCUUGAGCCGCCACCAUUGAGCGCUUCAACCGUGCGCUACUGGUCGGAUUACUCCCGGAUCUACUACCACCCAAAGUCUCUUGUUCAACUCUCCGAGUUUGAAGUCAACGAUAAGCUCAUGCCCUUCGAGAAGUGGCAGGUAGGCGCGGAGUUGUUCGAGAAACUCGAGAGGGAAGUAGACCUGGUUGACAGAGACCUACGACCAUUCGUCGAAGAAUGUGAUGGCAUCCAGGGCAUCCAGAUCAUGACUGGCAUAGAUGACGCUUGGGGUGGAUGGGCCAGCGGAUGGCUUGAAAGAAUGAGAGACGAGUAUGGAAAGCUGAGCAUCUGGACUUGGGGCCUGGGAGACCAAGGCGGGAAUAUGGCGACUCCAAGGGAGAAGCGACUGCAGCAGAUCGAAAACACCUCCCGAUCACUCCAGGUGCUCGCGGAGCAGUCGUCCGUUUUCAUCCCAAUGUCAAAUAGCCCAGCCAAGUCUCCAUCUUACCUUUCAUUCGACUCCAGCUCGCCAUGGCAUGUUGGCGCUCUCCAAGCGGUGGCUUUGGAAUCGAUGACUAUGCCAACCCGGUUAAGGGCAACCGAUGGAAGACGAGGGACGCUGCAAGCGCUUGAAGAGACAUUCAACAGCACCGGAAAGCGUCGAAUUGCAAAGUUCGGGAUGAGCAUCGCAGACCCAGAUGUCCUUUCAGAGAAAGCCUCCGAACAGAUCGCGCAAGCUGAGAAAGCCGGCUCCACAACCUCGCAUCGAACAAGCGAGGAAGGGGGUGAGCAAUUGGCCGAGUUCGACAUCGACGUGUUCACGAAAGACUACAGGAUGGCGCCCACGAAGCCAAAGAAGAGGGAGCACGUCUUCGGUAGAGCGGAAACCUCGCGAGGAGAGUGGAAUGUCGGCGAAGACCGCGAUCCUCACGAGAGGUUCGCUGAAGGACCGGCAGUGCAAAGAUUCACGGCACCGCUACUUUUUCCGCUGCUCGAUAGUUUCCCAUCGUCCAUAUUCGAUGUGGGUUCCGGAAAAGCGAACAAAAUCGCCGUGUACGCGGGUCUGACGACAAGCACAGCAGUUGCCGAUCAGGUGAGAACGGUCGAGCAGAUAGUGCGCCGCAUGCACAUGGUCAGCCUCGAAGAGCGGGAAACGCUCUGCAACGGGCUGCAAACAAUUGCGGAGGAAUACGACGAGGGGUGGGAUAGUGGGAGCGAUAGCGACGAGGACGACUGA